UCACAGUUUGGCAGCAUAACAGAGGAGUACAACAGGCCGGAUAUGAUAUAUGGUUUUAGCCCUUAUUACAUUCAUUCUAUAACUCCUCUUUCCCUUGCAGAAUGUCUUUGCCCAACUCAGAGAACGCCUCCACCCUGGAGAACGCCAUGCAGCUCAUGAUCCAGACCUUCCACAAGUACUCUGGAAAUGAAGGCGACAAGUACACACUGAGCCGGGCUGAGCUCAAAGAAAUGCUGACCUCUGAGCUGGGGAACUACCUCGGGAACGCUCAAGAUAAGGAAGCAGUGGACAAAGUGAUGGGAGACCUUGACUCCAACAAUGACGGGGAGGUGGAUUUCACAGAGUUCAUCAUAUUGGUGGGCGCGCUUACCGUGGCAUGCAAUGACUUCUUCCUGGAAUUCAACGAUAAGACUGAGAAGAAAAAGUGAGAACCUCAUGACCACACUUUUAACAUCUACAUUCCGGGGGAGGACAUGACAGGAGAGAAGAGCCGUGUGCAACAAGCUGUCAUAGACUUCACAUGCAUUCAUUCAUAAACACACAGUCACACACAUAAGCUUAUCAUUGGAGUGUUAUAUGAUUGGUGUGUGUUAGCAGCGAUUUACAUGUUGUCAUUGACUAUGUAGAAUCAUCAUUUCUUGUUCUUUUCAUUGUAACAUGUCUGAGUAGGAAAUGACCCCUGGCAGAAUA